CGGGAUCGAAAAACAAUUUGACUAAAACCGAAAGUAAAACUGAUCCACUACCGAGAAGGGCCAGAAGGAAAUGACAAAUGGAAUCUUGUUCUUAGACCUUCUAAAGUUUUUAUUCUAAAAAGAAAUAUAUUGUUACUAUUGAGAGGAUAAAGAAGAUGGCUACUGCUUUGACUGACAGCUCAUCGUUUGAGGACGUCACAGUUUGUUCUAUAUGCUUUGAGAAAUACAAAACACCGCGAUAUCUACCAUGUUCUCAUUCCUUUUGUCAUGGCUGUUUAUCGUCACAUAUUGUAAGUGUGUGUAAGUUUACAGAACCGCGCUUAGGUUUUAAUUGUCCAUUGUGCCGAAAAUACACUCCAGUUGUCGGUCCGUUUGAUAAGCCGGAGGAAUGGGCAGAAACUUUUCCUGUAAAUGAAAUAUUGGAGAAAAUGCUAGGAAGUCCAGAACAAAAAAUGUGCGAUUCUUGUAUGAGAGAUAAUGAAGAGGAAGAAGCGUCUGACUUUUGUUUAUCUUGUUUGGAGUUUUUAUGCAAAAUGUGUACCAAGUUUCAUAAGAAACAUUUGUUAUCAAGAGACCAUAGCAUCUGUCCUCUCAAAGAGUUAAAAUCGCAACACAUUCAGUCAGCCUUUGGAAAAGAUGACAUUUGUAAGAAGCACCCAGACCAAAAGCUGAAACUCUACUGUAACAAACAUGAAGAGCCUUGUUGUGUUGUCUGUGGUGGCAUGGAGCAUAGACAAUGCGACUCUGUUGAACCUAUUGAAAGAGCUGCAGAAUCUUUCAAAGCGAGUGGCACACUUGAUAGCAUUUUACAGGAUGUGAGAAAUUUUAAACAGAAAUUGACACAUGCAAAGGGCAAACAAGAGAGAAAUAUAACAGAACUAGAAGACACGUUAGACAGAGUUACAGAGGAGGCAGAAAAAGAAGUAAAUGAUCUUGUUUGUCUUAUAGAGAGAUUAAAAACAGAACAUUUAGAUGAGAUUUCUGCUGUUGUAAAAAAAGCAAAGAAACACUUACUAGAAAUGUGGGCACCUUGAGCGAUGGUAUUCAGUGUGCUGACUUUUGUUCUGAUAUCCUUGAAAAAGCCCAGGGAAAAGAAGAUGAGUCAAUCCUACCGAUAAAAUAUUAUGCAGCAAAAGAGGCAUUUCAGAACCUGAAAAGAAUAAGAUUUAGGACAAAAUUGGUACAGGUAAUGGCUAUGAAAGAACCUAUUAUGAAAGAAAUAGCAAACAUGAAGAAGUUGGCAAGUUUCAAGGUCACUGAAUUGGUUGAAGAUAUUCCAGAGUUUUCCUUUG